AUGGAGGCUGGGGCGGCCUGGGGAGCCACAGGCAUUUACCCGGUGGAUGUUUUGGAAGAUGACCCCGAAGGUCACCAGGAGGCAGCUCUGGCCUACUAUGCCGCGCUGCGGGGAGGGGCACGGUCCGAGGCAGCCAUCUUCUCUCUGCCCACCGGGGAGCAGGUUAAACUGGAAGCUCCGUCCGUCCGCUUCUGCACGGUGCACCGGGACGAGCCUCAGCAUAAACUGUUGGUCUUGGUCAGUCCGCAGGACACAGAGACGGUCGUGGCUGUGUACCUGAAGGGCGCCUGGUGGGCCACCGAGGACGUGCUGAGGACCUCCGACCCCGCCAGAGAUGGCCUGAUGGAGGUCCAGUCGUCUGGGGAAAGGAUCGUGCUGUUCAUCCUCAACGUGGUCGUUUUUGGACGGCUGGAGAGGAGCUUGGAUGACGACGCCAUGUUCUUUCUGCCUCACUCCGCGAAGGAGCAGGCUAAAAUCCUGUGGCGCGACGGAGCAGCCGUCGGAUUUUACACAACCAAAGCGAAAGGCAGCCUGUGCGGCGACGGCACGGGCUCGUGCUACCUGCUGCCCGUCCUGGACACCGUGUUCGUGCGGAGGCGGCACCGGGGCCAGGGCCUGGGCGUGGCCAUGCUGCGGGACUUCUGCGAGACCUUCGGGGACGACGAGGCCCUCGGGGUCAGCUGGCCCAUCUCUCCUGCCAUGUACCGAGUCUGCAGGAGGUUCCUGCUGGCCCAUCCGGAGGAGCGGGCGCGCCUGUGGGAGGUGGAGGCCCCGGGAGCCUGGGGCCAGCGAGGCAGCAUCUGGCUGAAAGUCCAGCUCCAGCAGGCGGGGCCCCGGGGCCCGGAGUCGGCGUGA